AUGGCGGCUGCGGAUCAGUCCGAACUGGUGUCCAUGAUUCAUUGUCUGGGUUUUCAAAACCAGCGAGCAAGAAAAUGUAUCGACCUAGCUCGGACCUGGCUCGUAAAUCCCCCGGCCAAGGGCAAACGGUACCGUAAACUCCAUUACCCACGGAAACUGGAUGGUCGUGACAUGAAAGCCACAGAAUGUAUCGACGAUGAUGACCCCCGAGUGGCCUGGGAAAUCGCCCACUUGCCAGGCCUUGGAGCGUAUGCGCUGGACAGCUGGCGGGUUUUCUGCCGUGACGAGUUGCGGGGACUCGCUCGAGACUGGAAUGGCCGCGAUGCGGAAUCACCGAAUUUUCAACCGGAAUGGAAGUCAGUGCUGCCACAGGACAAAGAGCUCCGGGCAUAUCUGACCUGGAUGUGGCUCAAGGAAGGUUGGCUCUGGGACCGACAUACUGGCGAACGGACGCGGGCAAGCGAGAAGACGUUGCGAGCGGCGCGACAGGGCGGCAUUGCUUAUGAGGACAAUGAGGAUGGGAAUUGGGUUCUGGAGACGUCGCCUAUGAAGCCGCCAAAUAAUGGAUUUAUUGUCGAUAGGAAUAGUCUAUGA